UCUCUUGCACGGAAGAACUUAGGGUUUAUGCUGGAGCACGGUCCAUUCCAUCCCGGGGCGGCGAUGAUUGGCAGGAUCGCGUUGCGAACGACGAGGCAGCUCCAGAAUAGGUCUUUGAUCGCUGGCGCUGCCAAUGCGCGACACUGCUGGAAGGUGUCGGCGUUUCUACGGGAUGGAGAAGGGCCUAGCAUUUUCCGGAGGCCAUUCCAGCAUAGCCAGGCACAGAAUAUAUCGAUGAGCCGGGUUUUCCGAGAGGACGAUGUUCCAGUAAAAUCUCCUCUAGCGGAGACUCCAACUUCCCCGGAAGCGGCUGGUGCUAGCUUCGAAGUGACUGCCACUCCAAAGCCCCCAAAGCCAAAGCCAAAGACUGUGAGAGCAAUGCUUAGAGAAAUACCUCAGAGCCCCAAGAAGAUGAACCUCGUAGCAAAGGUUGUCCGAGGCAUGCGAGUGAAUGACGCUCUUAUACAAAUGAGCGUUCUAAUCAAGCGUGCUGCCAGUACCGUUUACAAGGUUUUGCAUUCUGCUCGCGCCAAUGCGGUCCAUAACUAUGGCUUCGACGCUGAAAAGCUCAUAGUCGACGAGGCCUUCGUCGGCAAAGGGAAGUAUUUGAAACGUAUAUGGCCACACGCGAGGGGUAGAUUUGGCAUCCGGGAGAAGAAACGGUGUAGAUUGACGGUGCUUCUCCGAGAGAUGACUCCCAAGGAAGAGAUCUUACUGGAAAAGUUACGCGAGAAACAAAAGCGAGGGCAGUACAUCUACAGAACGAAGCUGCUACCUCAUCGGCUGACGGAAACGAGAUGGUGCGAGCCGGGAGAGAAAAGAAAGGAUCUUGCCAUGCAGACUUCGAGCUACUAGAAACGGUUCAACCUGAUCGUGAGUAUAAGUGAGUAGUGCUGGUUAAGUAACGGGAUGAUACUUUGUUUUCUUCCUUGCUGCAAAAAUCAACGUUUUCUUCGUGGCC